AUGAGUCCAAGUCCGAGUGGUCAACUUCUUCUUCAUCAGCACUUGCAGUUGCAGUCCCAGAUUCUCUUCCAAACUUCCCUUCACAAAACCUUUGCUCAUAAGCUCAAAAGCCCAUUUCUUGAUUUCCCAAAAACAGCCAAAUUCCCUCGCCAUUUCUCAGGAGUUGGAUUUUUGGGUGUUCCGCCAAAAUUUCACCACCCUGUUUCUGCAACUGGAAGGUCGAGAUCGCUGUUUAACAGAAGAUGUACAUCAGAGAAGUCCUUUGAAUCAAUAGAGCCGGAUGGUUCUUCUGAUUAUUCACCCAAAACAUCUAAUGAGAUUGUUGAACCAAAGGAAGCAUCAUUCUUGAGAAUAUUAAAGGGGGCCAACUCCAUUCUUCCUCAAGUGGUCCUUGCCAGUACUGCGUUGGCUCUUAUUUAUCCACCGUCUUUUACAUGGUUUACAAACAGGUACUAUGCCCCAGCAUUAGGAUUUCUAAUGUUUGCUGUUGGAAUUAAUUCAAGUGAAAAAGAUUUUGUUGAAGCAUUCAACAGACCUGCCGCUAUUGUUGCUGGUUAUAUUGGUCAAUUUGUUGUGAAGCCUCUCCUUGGGUAUCUCUUUGGCACAAUUUCUAUGACCAUGUUUGGUCUUCCUACAUCCUUGGCUGCAGGGAUUAUGCUGGCUUCAUGUGUUAGUGGUGCCCAGCUUUCAAAUUAUGCUACUUUCCUGACUGAUCCAGAAAUGGCUCCUCUUAGCAUUGUGAUGACAUCAUUAUCCACAGCUUCUGCAGUUUUCGUAACCCCAAUGUUGUCUUUGCUACUUAUUGGAAAAAGGCUUCCAGUUGAUGUUAAAGGAAUGAUUUCCAACAUUCUGCAGAUUGUGGUUGCGCCAGUAGCUGCUGGAUUACUUCUUAAUAGAAUUUUUCCCAGACUUUCAAGUGCCAUUCGACCAUUUUUGCCUCCGCUAUCUGUGUUUGUAACUGCCCUUUGUGUUGGAGCUCCUCUGGCAAUCAACAUAAGUUCUGUCUUGUCACCGUCUGGUUUAUCAGUGCUGUUUCUUGUGAUUGUAUUCCAUUUAUCAGCAUUUGUUUGUGGUUAUGGCCUCACUGGCCUUUUCUUCCACAAUGCACCUGAUGGGAAAGCUCUACAAAGAACUCUAUCCUAUGAAACAGGCAUGCAAAGCAGCCUUCUAGCUCUUGCACUUGCUAACAAAUUUUUCCAAGAUCCUCUUGUGGGCGUUCCUCCUGCCAUAUCUGUUGUAAUUAUGUCACUAAUGGGGUUCUCUCUCGUACUGCUCUGGUCUAAGAAGAAAGAGACUGCUGUCUGA